AUGGCUCCCCUCCGUGCCCUCCCCGAGGAGAUGGUGAUAUGGGAGAUCCUCGUCCGCCUGCCUCCCAAAGCCCUCCUCCGCUGCCGCACCGUCUGCCGUGCCUGGCGCAGCAUAACCUCCACCCGCGACUUCCUCCUCGCCCACCAUGUCCACCAGCCCGCCCUCCUCCUUCUCGACGACUGCACCAACUAUGAAAAAGGCAUCUCCGACUCGCUAAACAUCAUCUGCUUCGACCAUCGGGCAGGGGUGGCCACCCCCGACCAGCUCCAGCCCAUCGCCCGACUUACUGCCCAAACCUCCUUUCAUCUAGAUGCCGCCUUGAUGAGGGUCGACUGCGGAAGCGACAACAUCUCCUACUAUCAUCCGGUUGUCUCCUGCGAUGGCCUCCUCGUCCUCUGCGUCGAGGACAGCGGCUUCUUCAUCUGCAAUCCGGCAACUCGCCAGUAUGCUCGCCUCCCGCUCCCUUUGGGUCAUGCGUGGUGGCUCCUGGGAAUGUACCCUCACCCUUCUACUGACGAGUACAGACUAUUGCUCUACUCAUACAAGCGUAUCACAGAAGAUGAGCGUCAAGAUGCGUGCCACGUCUUGGCAUUGGGCUCCGGCCAUCCACCGAGGCAUAUUGGGUUGCCAAAUGCGAUUACGCUGGGAUUAGACGACCCGCAUGUGCUAUUCCGUGGUAGCCUGCAUUGGUGCACAUCUGAUUAUGACGGAGAAUGCAAAACGAUAGGGGUGUUCGACACCAGAUCUGAAUUGUUCCGGGAGAUGCGUACUCCCGUUGUUGCUUGCUGCGUUGACCUGUUUGAAAUGGACGACAUGUUUGGCGUGGCCAUCCUUGAUUGUGAGAAAAUCAUUGAUAUAUGGGUGUUGCAAGAUUAUGAAAGGGAGAUAUGGGUCUUAAAUCACCGGAUUGAAUUGCCGUUUGCGGAGAUCAGGGUGCAGUGCGAUAAGUAUGAUACAUACAUUCGGUCGUCGUUUUAUGUGUCUGUCAUGCCAGGGGAUGAGGAUUAUGCUAUGAAUGCUCCACCUUUUAUCUGA